UGUCAUAUAGCCGACAAAGGAAAUACAAUUGUCAUCAUUAACCAACAAGAAUAUAUAACAAAAACCCAAAACUUUUUUGACAAUAACAACAUACUAAAACUUAACAAAGAUCCAACUAUCAAAUACACUAAAGAAAUAAAUAAAGCCAUCACCAAUAGCAAACAAUUAUUUCCCAACCUAAACACGAAUAUAUUCAAACAACCAAAUGCAAUGGCCCCACAAUUCACAGGACUGCCAAAAAUACACAAACAAGGAACACCAAUAAGACCACUUAUCAACUAUACAACAGCACCAGGAUAUAAGAUAGCUAAAACACUACAAAAAAUAAUAAAAAACAACAUCAAGAUAAUCAAUAAUCACAGCAUCCAAAACAAUAAAGACCUAAUAGAAAAAUUACAAAACUUAAACAUAUCACCAAAUUACAAACUCAUAUCAUUAGACGUAACCAACAUGUACACAAACAUACCCAUAGAUGAAACGAUACAAAUACUCAAAGAAAAUCUAACUAACACCGCAACCAUCAACACUCAACAAAUAAAUGAACUAAUAAACUUAAUAAAAACAAUACUAAAACAAAAUUACUUCACUUUUAACGAUGAAUACUACACACAAACUGAAGGACUCGCCAUGGGAUCACCUCUUAGUGGAUUACUAGCUGACAUUUACCUCAACCACUACGAAAACAAAUAUAUUUUAUCCACACUCAACCCACAAAAACAAAAAAUCAUCACAUAUUCCCGAUACGUUGAUGAUACCUUCGUCAUAUUUGACGGAACAAAUAGACAAAUAGACAUUUUAACCAAAUACAUCAAUA